AGAAUUACAAAGAAGUCGAAUAUCGUGAAAUCGAUCAUUUCGAUUAAUCGAUCAUUCGGACGGUGGUAGUAAAAGAGCAGUGUGUAGUGGUUCACAAAAGUAUUGUAUAUUUUUGAACAAAGGACAAAUUAAAACGAGAUUAUAGUGGAGAUGGUUGGUUGUGUAUGAUUCGAGCGAGGAAACUAAGUAAAAACUUCAGACUCCCUCUUUCUCGUAGAACGAUGUUGACCAUACGGUGACGAGGCCAGCCAGAUCGGCGGAAAACUACGUCAUCAGUGACGGAUUCCCCCGAAACUGGGACAAAGUGCAGUGUACUCUGGCAUUGCGCUUUACCGGAAUCUCUCUCACUCCAUGUCCUAGUACCCUCCCCCUCUUUCUCUCUUUCUCUCUCUUUCUCUUACUCUCAGGAUUGACCAAUCGUCUCGUCAUCCUCGAAUCCUCGAUCGAAACUGACAGGUAAUCUACGACGAAUGGUGCAGAUUCAACAAUACAGUGUCCGGAGGGUUCAGUAUCAUGUCAGAUGGGGUUGAUGCUGGCGGCGGGGAAAACGAGGUAGAUUCUCAUUCCUGUUCGCACGCCGACGUUGGAGAGUCCUCAAAUCCAAGAGACGAGGAGAACUUGGAUCCAGAUAAUGAAGCUGCCUUAAAUACUAAUUAUGAUAGUGGUGAUGGUGCUGUGCCAGCUUUUAGGUGUGAAAGGUGUGAAAACUAUGAAACUAUAAAUAAGACAGCAUUCUGCGCUCAUCAGGAUCAAUGUUUGGCUAGUGCAGAGCCAGGAGAAAGCACCGAGAACAUAGAAGCUACUGAAAAUGAUGGAGAUGGAGAAGAAACGCAUUCUGGAAUUCGUUCUCAUAGGAAAAUGUUUGAAUGUGAUGUUUGCAAUAUGCAAUUUUCUAAUGGAGCUAACAUGAGACGGCACAAGAUGAGACACACUGGUGUGAAACCAUACGAAUGUCGUGUAUGCCAGAAAAGAUUUUUUCGCAAGGAUCACUUGGCAGAGCAUUUUACGACACAUUCUAAAACUUUGCCAUAUCAUUGUCCAAUUUGCAACCGAGGUUUCCAGAGACAAAUUGCUAUGAGAGCUCAUUUUCAAAAUGAACACGUUGGCCAACAUGAUAUGGUCAAAUCUUGUCCUUUGUGCAAUUAUCGUGCAGCAACUAUGAAGUGCCUCAGGUUACAUUUUUUUAAUAGACAUGGGAUCGAUCUAGAUAAUCCAGGACCAAACAGUUCGAGUUCAUUGAUGAAUAGUUGUACUCCAGGCGAAGCUAUGCCUUCUGCUCCUCUUUCAGAUAGUGGAGACAGCACUGGAAAUCGUUCUGCGGAUAAUGCAACACCGCCAAUGCAUUUUCUAACACCUCAUAUAGAAAUAUCAAUACCUUAUCCAGAGCAAACCGCAAAUCAACGAAAUCCAAGUCCUGCUCCUUUAAACGGAGAUAGCCCAAAUAGUCCUCAAAGCGCAGAUAGUAAUAGUAAUGCUCCAAGUAGUAGUCACCAUCAGUUACCAAUUAACAGUAGUGGUAUUCACAGGAAUCUUGGUGGAAGUGAAGAGGCGAUCACACCUUCUAUUUCAUUAAUUCCUAUUAAGCAAGAACCAAACAGUAAUGGAGCGGAAGAAAACGGAGCAACAUCCAGCAAUCUUCCAUUACCAUCUUUGAUAAAAGUUUCUCCAUUAAAAUCCCUUCUUCGAGACGAUUUACGACGUAAACUUUCAUCUGGCUCAGGAAAUAAUAACAAUAACAACAAUAAUAACAAUGGUAAUAAUAGUUCAAAUUCAAAUCCCCACUCAAGAGGAGAACCUCCUAGUUCGACAAGACCCGAUCAACGAAGUAGUGGACUUCAAUGCGCUCACUGUAGAAUUACCUUCCCUGAUCAAACAUUAUAUUUUCUUCAUAAAGGUUGUCAUAGUGAAAGCAAUCCUUGGAAAUGCAAUAUUUGCGGAGAACAAUGUUGCAACUUAUAUCAAUUCAAUUCGCAUUUAUUAAGCAAAAGUCAUCAGUAAUUAUUAAAAGAAUAAUGUUCUUUUAAGGACUUCUAGAAUCUCGUUUAUUUAAAUUGGAUAAUAUAAAUUAUUUUGCUGUAAUUUAUAUAAGCAAAAUUAUAAUCUUGAAUCAAAAAGAAUUGUUUUGUGUUAUAAAACGUAAAUUAAAUUGACAUAUAUGUUGCACUUUCCUAACUAAUAUUUUUAUUUAUUUUAAUGUCUACACGGGAUUUUAAAUAAAAAAGAUUCAGUACUUCAAAGAUAAAUCGUAUUCAUCAAAUAGAAAAAUUUUAAUCAACAUAGAUCGAAAAAUUUGUUUAUUUUCAAAGUAUUAUAAGCAAUUUUCUGUUCUAGUUAUAGUACUCGAUUAUAUAUACUUGCUUCAUUAUAUAUAAACAAUUGAUUAUCUUACUAUUUUUUCUACUAAUGUUUAUAGAAGAUUAUGUGUCCCUUUUCUGUUUCACAUCUUCGGAAUGGGAGAAUUUUGAACUUCCAUAUCAAAUUUUCCCAAAUUUCGAUGUCAUAUUUUAAAUAGACCGGUCUCACAAAGUUGUUCAUGAAGUUUUGUAAACAAUGCACGAGAUGAUAUUUUUCGGUUCGGAUAUUUUUCCACAUAAAAUUGUUUACAAAAUUUUAUUAACGUCGUUGUAAGACCGGUUUAUUUAAAACACAUCGAGAUAUGGAAAAACGAAGUUCUAUUUCGAUUCUUUGAAGUCCAAAAGAUUCAAAAUUCUUUCAUGGAAAAAUGUAAAACCUGCAUGGAAAUGAAAAAGCAUACGUGGGAAAUCUUCCCUAAGAAACGUAGGUAGGAGAAAUAAUGUGUUCAAUUGUUACAUGUAAUUCAUUAUUAGAAGCAAGUAAGUCGAGCAAUACAAUUGAAAUAGAAAAUUGCUUAUAACUUUGAAUUUUUCAAUCUAUGUUCAUUAGAACUUUUUUCUUCUAUUUGAGAAGUAAAUAAAUAAACGAGAUUCGAAAAAUAAUUUUGCAAUCUGGAAAAAGUCGUGCCUUCAUCAAAAUACCUUUGCCAACGCUCACAUUCGUCCGAAUCGUGCUAAUUUGUGAUGGUACGAAUGAUCCGUCCAUGGAGCUUUACUGAAACGUAUUCCAAAAGCUCGAUUGAUAGUUUUAUAUAUAUAAACCUAGUUAUAUAUAUUUAGAUAGAAAAAACAGUGACUACCAAUGUGCUCUUUUUUUUAUUCAAAUUCCUUUUACGCACUGUUUUUUGUUUGGUUUUUUUGUAAAAUUAUUUGUUAAAUUUUAUUAAUUUUAUAUUUAUAUAAUAUUUAUCCUUACAUAUAAUUUCAUUUAGUUUUAUUACAAUAUGGAUAUUAUGAUCAUUACAUAUAAUACUGUUAUUUUGGUUAUUUAUAUGUAAAAAAAAAUUAUGAAUAAUCAAGGAAAAUUACUUAAAUACUAAAUUUCAGUUGUCGAUUUAUUAUCAUGAUGUGAAAAACAUAACAGAGCUGUGUAUUACAUUGCAUAUAAAUACAAAUAUAUAAAUAAGAGAAGGAAAUGACAACUAAAAUAUUGUGUCAGCAUAUUUUAUAUAAAGGUAUUUGUACAGAAAAGUAUUAAAGUAUAAAAAAAAUAUAAAAACGGUAUGCAAAUAAAAAAGUCAAGAUAUCAUAUUUCAAAGAUUGAUAUUAAUAUCAGAAAGAUAAUUAUAUAAUUGUUAAAAUUAAAGAAAAAACACAAAGAUACAUAAAACUAAAAGCUAAUUGGGAAAUAAAUCACAAUAAAAUCAGUAUUUAAUUGUGGUCAAAUAAAAAUUGAACAUUUAUUUCAGUAUAAAUAAGUACAAAACUUUAUCUCAUUAGCAGUUUCGAAAUAUGAUUUCGAGACCCUAAUAAGUGUUUUGUGUACGUGUAUAUGUAUGUAUGUUUAAUACAGAAUAUUCAAUUUAUGUGAAUAAAUUUGUAUUAUUAUACGUUAUGUAAUAUACAAAUAAUUUUCGAGUCACAGACAUUAAAAAUUUAUACUGAUAUAUUAUAGUUAUUCAGAAAAAUAAAAAUAACAAACUAUAAUAGAAUGUGUAAUAAAAUUGGUACUCUGUACAUAUUCUAUAUUAAACAAGUACAUUAAGCGCGAUACGCACGAAUACUGUUGUCAAUGGUUGUAGUUAUUUAAAAGUUGUUCCGUAAAUUGCGUAAUAUUUAAUACAAUUAUCACUAUUACUAUGUUAUUACUAUUAUUAUUAUGUUAUUAUUGUCAUUAUUGUAUUAUUUAUCGAUACGUAAGUUAUUUAUUAUUAUUUUGCAUUCCAAUGUACUAAGUUUUAAUUAUGUCUCAAAGUUGACGAUGCUUGUUUAUUUCAAAAUUUAUUUUUAUUACUUUCCUUGUUAUUCAACUUUUUAAUUAUGGUAUGCUUUUGAAAUAAUAAAGCUUUCUCAAUUAAUUGUUUUUGAUGACAAAAUCAUCAAAGUUUAUAGAAAAAUGUCUCUAUUGUGAAAUGUUUUAAAUUCGAUCAAUGUAUUUUUUUUUAAAUACAAAACGUGCCUAAAAAUGAACGUAAAUGAACAUAUAAAUAAAAAGACUAUGAUUUAAUAUUCCAAAUAAAUACUACAUAAAUGUUUUCAAGAGACAGAAUUUUAAAUUAGCAUCGUCAAUGCAAAUUUUUAAUAUUUUGACCGAGUGCGUGUUCAUCAUAUUCUUACGACAUAUGAAAAUGAAAUACAGUUAAUGUUUCUUAUUAAAUUAUCUUAGGAAAGAAAAGUAAGAAAAACAGAAAAGUCAUGCAUUAGAUCGUGAAGAGAUAAUAUCAUUAAUAUUAGCUUUAUUCCUGAAAAUGUAAUUAAAGAAAAAAAAACAC